CAAGCACCACAAGUUCUCCUCUCACCAGUGCGAGGCGCGAGCGACCUCCCACUCCCAGGGUUACUAGUCAGCUGAGCUAUCAUCACCAGGAGCACCGUGCUCUCUCCCUUUCCCAUCCAGCUAGGGUUUACACGCCGAUUAUCCAUCUCACCCCGUUCGCCAGCUCCCUCUCUCACCGCGCGCCGCCGAGCUCCGGCCUGCGUGCGCCCCAGCAAUCGGCCGGCUCGCGCGCGUUCUUCCUCAGAAGAUCAGCCGGCCGGGGUCACUUCAGCUCAGCUUGCCCUGCUGAUUCGAGGCGACCUGCGCGCGGGGAAGGAGCUGGCUCCCCGGUUGGCCGACGAAUUCUCAUGCUUGUGCAUGCGACGAUGAGCGCCUUGAGAUGAUAAGCGCCGGCGACCAUGGGAACGACCGCCGGAAGUUCGAGCCGGCGGCGGCCGGGAACAAGGCCCUGCAGGCGGCGGCGGCGGCCUCGCGGCACUGGUCCGCGUCCACCGAGUCGCGGAUCGUGCGCGUGUCGCGCGUGUUCGGCGGCAAGGACCGGCACAGCAAGGUGAGGACCGUCAAGGGGCUGCGGGACCGCCGGGUGCGCCUCUCCGUGCCCACGGCCAUCCAGCUCUACGACCUCCAGGACCGCCUCGGCCUCAGCCAGCCCAGCAAGGUGGUGGACUGGCUCCUCAACGCCGCCCAGCACGAGAUCGACAAGCUGCCGCCGCUCCACUUCCCGCCGCACGACGACGACCUCCUCCUCUCCGCCCACCACCACCACCACCUGCAGUCGCCCGCCUCCAUGGCCAUGGUGCCUCCGUUCUCGCACGCGACGGCAGCCACGGCGUCAAUGAUGGUCGCCGACGGCGGCAAGGCGACGCAGUCGGCCCACGAUGGAGCCGGCGACCUCAAGGGGUUCAUGAGCCUCAGCAACUCUCUAGGCCUGGUGAACGGCGCCGGAGCCGCCAUGCCGUCGCUGGCCGCGGCCCAAGCUGGGUCCUACCACCACCACUACGCCGCUCAUGAGGCUUGGAGCAAUGGCGGCGGCAAUGUCGUCCAAGAGCAGCUGGGCGGCCAUCGCUCUUCGCCGUUCCAGUCGCUGCUGUCCUUGGCCCCGGUGUCUCAGUUCGUCUUCUACACGCCGGAGGACGGCUUCGCCAUGAAAGACGUCGCUUCCGACGAUCAGUUCCCCGUAGAUAACCUCAACGAUUCGCAGGGCCAGCUAUCGCUGAGCUCGGAGAGAAGCUUUCUUCACUCAGGAGGCCAGGGUUGAUCGAUAAAACGACGUACGUACGUCGUGGAUAUGCAUGGUCUCAAGCUGGUCAAAGAAGGUGCGUAUAAAUUAAUAGUCCAUGAUGCUCCGGGAGCAGUAUUUUACUGUCUUUAUAGGUAAGUUAUGCUGUGAUUUAAGAUUACUUGAGAGGGGGUUAUUUGGGAGUAUUAAUUGGGUAAGAUGAUGAUCGAGUUAAUGUUUUGCAGCCUCUCUGCAAUGCAGUUCGUUGCUUCUUUGUUACCACAAGAAGUAAUCGUCCAUGUAUCGAUUGGCUUUGUGUAAUAACGAUCUGGGAUUUUGUUUCGGGAGUUUCUGCUUAAUAAUAUAAGUUCGCUUUUCUCUUGUGA